UAAGGCCCAUAAGUAUGGGCACGGCCCCAACGGAACUGCGUACCACCUCGCGAGUCGCAAUUUGUCUCAAAGAAAAUAAAACUCGCGAGUCGCAAUCCUUCCUGUCGCUGCUGCUCGAGUGCCGUGCUCCCCUCUUCUCCGAACUCCGAAUUCGCAGAGGCUCCGCCGCUCCGGCCGGCGAGGCUCGCCGGCGUAGCCAGCCAAGGAUGGCCGCCAACUUCUGGGCGUCGUCGCACUCCAAGCAGCUUCUGGACCCGGAGGACGUGGACCUGGUGCCGGCGGCGGACCGGGAGCGCGGCAUCACGACGGAGGAGUUCCGCCUCGUCAAGAUCCACAUGUCCUCCCAUAUAUGGCGGUUGGCGCAGCAGGUGAAAGUUAGACAAAGAGUCAUAGCUACUGCCAUCACUUACUUCAGGCGUGUCUAUACAAGAAAGAGCAUGAGUGAGUAUGACCCUCGUUUGGUAGCCCCAGCUUGUUUAUAUUUAGCAUCGAAGGUAGAGGAGAGCACAGUGCAAGCAAGGCUUCUCGUCUUCUACAUAAAAAAGAUGUGUGCAGGUUCUGAUGAUAAGUACCGAUUUGAAAUUAAGGAUAUUCUUGAAAUGGAAAUGAAGCUCCUGGAAGCGCUUGACUAUUACUUAGUUGUUUACCAUCCCUAUCGUCCUCUUUUACAUUUAUUGCAGGAUGCUGGCGUAACAGACCUGACACAGUUUGCCUGGGGCCUUGUCAAUGAUACUUACAAAAUGGACCUUAUUCUCGUACAGCCUCCCUAUAUGAUUGCAUUGGCUUGUAUAUACAUUGCCAGUGUUCUUAAAGAUAAGGAUACAACUUCAUGGUUUGAAGAACUUCAUGUUGAUAUGAACAUUGUGAAGAAUAUUUCAAUGGAAAUGCUGGACUUCUACGAAACCUACAAGGUUGACCCCCAAAGGGGGCUCUCUGACGAAAAGAUCAGCCCCAUAAUGAACAAGCUGCCAGCAAAGGCCUAAAGUAGAUGUUCUAGUUAAUAGUAAAUUCUUAGGCCUAAUAUUGCAAGUGGUCAGCGGAUCAAUUGUGAUGCAUCUUUUCAGAAUGAAGAAACCCAUGAUAGGGAAUAGUUUGGAUGCGCUUGUGAUAGUCUGUGAUACUUGACAUUUAUAACUGUUGUAUUUACAAAACAAAAUUACUUCA